AUGUUUAUUCAUCAAGAUAAUAGAGUUGAGAAUGCAGCAACCUUUGAUAUACAAAAAGAAGAUCACACAAUGGGGAAUUUAAUAAGACAUAAACUUUUACAAGAACCACAUGUAAUAUUUGCAGGAUAUAAAGUUCCCCAUCCAUUGGAAAAUAAUAUUUUUCUGAGAGUUCAAACAACUAAUUUGGGUCGUGCCAGAGCUUUAGCAAUUCCAUUAGAAAGCAAACAAAAAGAAGAACAUGUUGCGACACCAGUACCUAAACCAUCAAAACCACAAAGAGAACAACAAUCUGUACCGUCCUCACAAGGUGGUGUUGGAAUGGUGGAUAUGGAUUUUUAA